AUGGACCGAAAGCGAAGUAGAAGUAAAUAUUCCGCAUAUUUCGAUCGAGAUGGGGAGAUGGGACUUUGUCGAUUGUGUCCUUCGAAAAUUCCAUGGUCCAAGAGUGGAGGAACCAAUUGUAUAAGGCUCCAUUUGGCAACAAAGCAUCCGGUAGAAAUGAAUGAAUUCAAACUCCUCGAGGAAGCUCGUGCCAAAAUGUCGAGACCAUCUGUCGAAGAUUUCAACAACUCUACCAUUGAAAAUUCGCUGAGCAGUAUUUAUGUGAAAGAGGAAAAUGUCGACUUAUGGAGAGAAAAUUCUGAGGAAUCUAAUGAAAAGUAUCCGGCAAAAAAUCCAUCAUAUAAACAUACGGACCAGGAUCAAUUAGUUUUUGAAACGAUUUUGGGGGAUCGAUGGCCAGUGGAAAAUGUUGAAGGAGAAUUCUUCAGAAGAUUACUCAGAAAAUUAAAACCUGGAUUUGAACUCAAAAGCGUCGAACACUACGUCAAUCUAGUUCUCCCAUCAUUCCGGUCAAGUUUGGAAUCAAGAAUUCUGACGGAUUUGAAAUUCGCGGGCAAAAUUUCAUUGGUGUUUGAUUACGGUAGUACAGCAAUAAGUGGUCUGGACUGUGUCUCGGUUAUGGAAUAUCGACGCCUUCAGAAUCUUCAUGGCUCAAACCCAUAUUAUGCUCAUUUCCUGAAUAUCGAAUUCUCAGAAUACGAUUUGUCUUCUGAAUCCCUCCAACGUCCAGAAUUCAUGUCAUGGACCGAUCAUUGGGGAUUACUGUACUUUUUGUUAGAUACGCAGAUUCCACAAGUUUUGUCCAAUUUUUGUGCAACGACGAAACAGGCAAACUGCCCAGAACUGACGCCCGACGAAUUGCUCAUCUCAAAAUUUAUGUACAGUAUCCUUAUGGAACUUAAAUCAGCUAGAAAUUCAAUUCGAAAUCAAAGUUAUCCAACGGCUUCAGUGAUAAUUCCGACUUUGAGAGUUUUGCUGCACAAAUCCGACACCACAUCUUUUAUAAAAUCCCAAGUGAUUUCCGACCUUCAAAAUGUUUCAACAAUUUGUCAAAAUAAUGAAAUCCUCAAAACCGCCACUUUUUUCGACCCAAGAUUCCGAGAUCGCUACUUUUUUGAAUCUCAUAAAGAGAAGAUUCUCGCCACUUAUCGAGAGUUUGCGGAUAAAAAUUUCGAGAACAAAUUGAGUAUUAGUAAAGAAGAAAAACCUAAUCAAAUGGAUUUGUCAUCUUUCGACUUAUUUCUACAAUCACAAGGACCAUCAAAACCAACAGAAGUGCCCGGAGCAAAUUUGGAAAAGGAGAUUGCCGAAUACCUCCAAGAAGAGCCAAAUUCUCAAUUGAAUCCAAUCGAUUAUUGGAUUUUUAAUCAAUCGAAACUUCCAAUUUUGAAAACGUUGGCCGCCCAAUUUUCUGCAAUUCCAGCUUCUGCAAACUCGAAAUCAAGGAAAAUUUAUGAGGAUGGUGAUAAGAUAUUCUCAAUGAAAAAUAUGGAUUCAAUCAAGGAAGAUUUUGGAUUUUGUUGUGCGAAUUUGGAAGUCGACGGGGUUUUUUAA